UUACGGCAAUAUAUGAGCAGGGUUUACAAACAGUAUUUUGUAAGCUUAGAACGAUUUUAUCUAAAGCUAAAGCGAAUUAAUUGAGCCGAGAUUACUACUGGAGUGCUUGAAUUUAUAUAUAACAUUUAAAAUUAUUUCAUAUUAUAUUUCUUGAAAUAUGAAGACCAUUCGAUUCGCUGUGGUCGUAUGUAUUAUAGCAGGUGGGAUAUUGCCGCCAACUAGUGCGAAAACGAUAGGGGACAUAACUCCAAGAGAAAAACGCCAAGCUGUCGAUAUUGAUGGCUACUUGGAAAAAUUCGGAUACCUGGAAAAGAUUGCUGAUUCGUCACGUGGUCCAGUCAGCCAUGACGAGGCUAGCAGGAGCGAGGCGAUUAGAGACUUUCAGAAUUUCAAUGGCCUGCAGGUUACCGGUGAAAUUAACGAGGAAACAGUAUUGAAAAUGAGGCAGCCUCGUUGUGGAGUGACUGAUAACCCUGCACCGGGAGUACCUCAAAAUUUCAUGGGCCCCUUGGAGUUCAACGCCCCUGGAAUCAAGUGGAAGAAAAACUCUGUCACAUGGAAUGUAAUAAAUCCUAGCAGCCAACUUCCCGAUGGAAUCCAAAAACUCGCAAUUAGGAACGCCUUUAAAUACUGGUCCGAUGUUUCUCCAAUACAGUUCCGGGAAACAAGCGGAACACCAGACAUAGAAAUUAAAUUUGCAAGUGGCAACCAUGGUGAUGGUCCGAGAAAUUCCUUUGAUGGAAGAGGUGGCGUUUUGGCGCAUGCGUUCUUUCCUGGUGUCGACGUCCUUGCUGGCGAUACCCAUUUUGACGAGGGCGAGCGAUGGGUGUACCACUCCAACAGUGGGACGGAACUAGAAACCGUCGCCGCUCACGAAUUUGGUCACGCCCUGGGACUUGGUCACUCCAGCAACCCCUCGGCACUUAUGGCGCCUUACUAUAGGGGGUACAUUCCCGGUCAACGUCUUCAUAACGAUGACAUCCGAGGAGUUCAGUCACUGUACGGUGGUCUUUCUAGGCAACAGACAACACCAACGACGACAACAUCAACGACAACAACACCAACGACGACAACAUCAACGACAACAACAACUACUACACCAAGUCCGUCAACAUCUACAUCCACAGCGACAACAGAAGUCGCCAGUCCUACCACAAAGAAAUAUAUACCCAAUGGUGAUGAAACUUUGUGCAACAUCGCUUUCGACGCUAUUACAGCUGGUCCAGAUGGCGCCACCUACAUCUUCAGAAACCAGUUAGUUUACAAAGUGACCGAUAGGGGGCUGUCUGCAGGAUUUCCCCGUUUUAUCCGAGAGGUAUAUCCCGGCUCCCCCAGAUAUGUGAAAGCAGCAGUUUAUCUGAAGAGUACGGGCGAAACUUUCCUGUUCAAUAACAACGGAAAAGUGUGGCGUUACGUGGGUUUCACGCUACAGAAAGUUACCAAAAUGGUCAGGAUCAACUUCCGGUCAGCUAUCGCCAUUACCAACCCUCGGUAUGGAACCCAACAAAUCUUUCUUUUUGGGACGGAGCACUUCUGGGGUUUAAAUCGCCGUAUCAUGAACGUGUCAGAAAGGUCGGGUUAUCCCCUCCCCAUCUCACAGUACUGGGGAAAGUUCCCUCGCUUCUCUACAGCAGCGUUGGAGUGGACGGACGGAAACAUCUAUUUUUUCAAGAAGGGAAGCUAUGUCCGUGUCAGUCCUAGAACCCGCACUAUAGUGCCCGGAUAUCCGGGAGAAAGCGCCACCUCCUGGUUGAGAUCCUUGUGCAUAGAGCCCAACCAAUGAAAAGCAUUGCAUUCAAAGACUAGACAUUUGAAAGCUGGCCAAGACCAACGUCUGCCACAAUGCGCAAGAAUCUAUAGCGUGCUUGUCAGUUUGUCAAAUACAGACGGACAAAAUUUCGACAUGCCCAAGAGCGUAACGUGUCAACAUGAUGGCUGUGUGUUAUCAGGAGAGCGAUUUUUACGACAUAUUCCCAUUCAAAAAGUCGGAAAAGUCUGGCACCCUGAACUCAUAGGGUAUUUUCGCUGAAAUACGCAGGGUCCCAGAUGAAGAUUACGGGAGUUCCGAACUUGCGGAAGUUGUCUCUCUUUAAUUUAUGAAACCUCGCUAAGCUUGGUGUAAUAUACACCAAGUUGGGUCUCAAAGUGCAAUACUAAACUAAUAAAAAAAUCAGGAAGUCAAUUAAUCACGGAUCUUUCUCUGUAAACACUUCUUUAAGAUAAUAACUUAAGAUAAUUACAAAUAAAUUACAAAUUAAUGAAAUUAUAUAUCAAUACUUAAUUGUAUUGUGUAUUUAACAAUCAUCAUUAUCAUCAUCAUCAUCACAACAUUCAAGUUGCAUAAUUAAAAUUAGACUUGUAAUCACAGCUCCUCUACGAUAUACAUGUACUACAAUACACUGCAGUGUGUCGAAGAGUAGAUCUUUUGUAGAGGAAUGGAAAUUACAAGUCUAAUUUUAAUUAGAUUUCCCCGGAACUAUUCAAUAAUUUCUUUUUUACUUAGAUUACCUAAGUUGUAAUUAUUUUUUUUUUUUUUUUUUUUUUGCGUUAAUGCCAGAUUUGUUAAUUAAGUUAUGCAGUAUAAGUAACUUAAAUUAAACGAUUAAAUUCCAACCCACACAGAAAAAGUCCGCCUCCUGACUGGAUUAGGACGAUCACAUGACCUUUCACUAUGUAUACUAACUAGGUAAUGAAGAGAACAUGGCGGUAAAUUUAAUGAGUGACAAUUCUCCGAAAUGAGUCGAACAAAUUAUUAAUACUAAGGCCGUUUUCGUUUUUACGAUUCCAACGCUUGGGCCAGUUGGACAAGAGUUGUUCGUUUAAUUAUGAAAUAAAGACGGACCUGGUGAUUUUACAUUGUUUUCAGACGAGCCUUGACAAUGACUUUCGAGGCCUGUAUUAAGAGCCAAAGGUCCGUCAAGAUGUAUGUUUGAAACAUUACAUUUAAAAACUGACGAACCUGUUUGUCCGCAUAAACGAACAGGCCCAUAGUGAGUAAAGAUUAUUUUUCAACUUCUUUUCACUUUUUCACUAAAUAAGUCUACAUAAAGGCAUAUUAUCAUAAAUAAUGACUGUGAUCCAGUGGCAGAGAAAACAUCCGAAAAUAUGCGGAAGCCCAUCUGUAGUAAUGGUUUAAAAUAAUAACGACGACAGGCCAAUUAGCCUGUAUGUAAGUUGUGUGUGUGUAUGAUAGCUGUCAAAUGUUUAUUUCUAUUUCAUAUUUCAAGUCAAUAUGUAUCUGUAAAAAUAUGUGGAUUGAGAUGUUUUGAUUUCAUAUCAUAGUAAAUACUGGACAUGUCGGAUAAGAGAGUGUAAAUGUGAAGAUUUAUGUACAUGUCAAUAAAAGGCAAAUAAAUUGUAUUUAUAAAGCU